AUGUUUCAAAUUGAUAAGUCAAGUGUACUUCUGUCUAAUGUAACGACAACUGAUGCUACAACAAUACCAUUUUUUGAUGAAACACAACAAAAUCCAGCAAAUGUAGAUAGCAACAAUCAUCCAAUAAGUGGUUUUUCUAAUUUAUUAGAACAAAAUCAAAAAGACAAUGAUUUAAUAAUUACACUUGAUCAAGCCAAAUCUUAUGUAAAAUGUACUCCAAUUACCGAGGGUGUGGGUGUGGGUGUGGGUGUGAGUGUGGUUGUGGGUGCGCGUGGGUGUGGGGCUGGUAAAAGAGAAACAACACCCACACCCACACCACCCACCCCACACCCACACCCACACCCACACCACACCCACACCCCACACCCACACCCACACCCCACACCCACACCCACACCCUCCUAAUACAUAAGUGUAAUAUGUUAAAUGUAAUUUGUAUCCCUUUUUACUAUAAGAAUUCCAUGAAAUUCGGGAGACUUUCUUCAUUCGUACAUUCUUAGCUAAUGGGGAGGAUACAUUUCUUGAAUAUUUUUACUAUAUAAUAGAAUAAAUUUGGCAAAGUUUCGCCUCGAUUCUUUUUAUUUUCAACACCCAACAAAAAUUACAUAAACUUACUGCAAACGGAAUGAUUGGCUCUAUCGAAACACUUCAUCCACUAUUAUUUUUUCUUCAACAAAUUGGAUUGGAAAUAUGUAUUCUCGACUUUCGCCUGUUUUGGUGAAGACUCGUCAGAAUUUAAGUCGUAGCAUAUACAUAUAUAUAUAUAUACUAGACAGUUAGGUAUAGUUCAGUCACACCAAGAAAAAAACAGAUAAUGAUCCUUAGUACUUAUGAUUCGAUGAGAAUUGACGACUACAGAUUUGAUAAAUGGAGAGCGAAUUAUGAUAAAUUUAUUUUGGGGAUGAAUCAAAGACCAAAUUUCAAUUACAUAUAUUACUUACUUGCUUUUGUUGAAAACGGAACGAUUUGUCGUUAGACGUUUGUCUGUGAACGUCAAAAUGAAGAUGGCUAAAAAAAAUAAAAUUCUUUCUUCUUGAGAGUGUGGGUGUGAAACAUAUCUAAAGCACAAGAAAUUUUGGACUGAUGACAGUAUUUACAAUCUUUUUCUUAAUAUAAAACUUGAAUAAAAUUCUUAAAUAGUUAAACGAAAGUCAACAUUUCUAGUCUCGUUUCUAUGUCAUCUUGGAAAUUUUCGAUGAAGAGUUAAUUGAAGUCAAAUAUACAGGACGCUUCAAUAGUUUUUGAUCAUUUAAGAAAUUGAGAACUUAAGAAAGAUGACUAUUUAGAAUAAUUAUCAGAGAUAGAAACGAUAUACAGCAAAAUUACCAAAGUUUAUUCCUAU